AUGAGCGGUUCCAAUUCAAAUCGAUCAACCGAAAAAAGUAGUGCUAGUAAUUCAACGAAAACGAAAAUUUUAGUGAACGUCAUUUCUCCCAAAAAAGAAGAUCCCGUAGAAGCCGCUUUGUUCCAUAAAAGUUCAUUGCAAAACACAAAAGAUCAUCCAGUGAGAAAUGGAAGUUUGCCCGAAGGUAUCCUGUUUCAGAACUCGCUAAAAGUGAUUCUGCCAAAUUUUAUCGAACAUGAAAAACGUGCCAGUUAUCCUUUAGAGAAAGUGGGAAAACUUCCUGUCCGAACGAUUCACUCAAGCCCGCUGAGUACGAGCCGACGGCUCAGCGAGGAUUCACAAACUGCAACGAAAACGAAUGGAAACACUGAAGCGAGAAAUAAAUUGAAUCAACCUAGUGGCCACAAUCAAUUAUUAACGCGACACAGUACCGACAACGUUCCAUCUAUAAAUAGCAUUUCCUGUUGCAUUGCUACCAAAACGAAUACGAAGGGUAGCAUUGACAGUGGAAUGGGGCUUUACACGAAUUACUCUAGCAGUAACAGCGAUAGUUACAACGCCAACAAAUUCAGCGUCACCAGGACGAGCAGCACGAACACGAACACGGAACCGGGAACGCAGGGUACGGUUUCCACGGCAUCGUUACAUAAAUUGAAUGAAUGCAACCACCACGUGGCCGAUGACGCAGUGAAUACUACGGGUUACCAUGGCGGUGGAAUGAAUUCGACAAAUGACACAAAACCAGCCAAGCUGGACAGUGGCAACGACAAACCGCUUUCUGGCCUAGACGACAUAAUGGAAAGUCCACUACUGAAAACCCCGGUGGAAAAGUGGCUUGACGCCCAAGAUCGAGCAUUGAAUCAGAUGACAAUGAACGACGAGCAAAAUCGAAGUCCAAUUUUCUGCAGUAAAAUAUUCGGUCCAAAAAUCAGCGAUAGAGAAAAUAUUCCAGGAACUCCAAUGGAUGCAUCAGACAUUGCUUCUGAAAUCAACAAGAGCUUCAACUCCAGUAUGAACAGCAUCAUUAACGAGCGACGGAGGUCCUCUAGUAAGCUACUUGCCGGUAACUCACCAUUAAAAACUAUUUUUCGAGACGAAGCUAGCACUCAUGGGCAAAGCAAUAAUGUAACAGGUGGUGGGAGCUCCUGGCUUAAGAAGCGUAAAAGCUCCGACCAAUCUGAUAAUACACGUAGGCCUAGUCAACAGGAUAAAGAGGGUCUCGAUCCCGAGUCUUUAAUGUUUCGCGAUGGCAGACGUAAAAUCGAUAUGGUACUUUGCUACGAAGAAGAAGACCAAGGUGUAAUGACGGAACUGGAAGCUCUCAAGCGAUUUCAACGGAAAGUGUUUCAGGAGAAUCUGGUCAAGGAGGGUCUCGAGUUCGAAAUCGAGCAUAAAUCGCAGGCCUUCGAUGAGAAAACCUACUUCGUCAAAAUUCACAUUCCUUGGCGAACAGAGUCACGCUAUGCGGAGGUGAUGAACUUGAAGCUCCCGGUUAAGCGGUUUAUCACCAUUAGUGUUAAGGAAGAAGAAUCCACCUUUCGCAAACACCAUAACCGAAUACUCGCCUAUUGGAACAAACUGAUGUCAAUGACCGAGUAUAACUUCUCACGAAUCGAAAAGGAACCCUCUUUCUACACGGCUACUGCGAACGGUAAUCCGGAGGAACAGUUCAUCGUUAAAGAUCGCUGCACAACCUACAACAGUGCUCAACGGAGUUUGAUAGUAAUGCAAAUUCUCAUGCGAACUCGGUUCGAUGAGACAGAAAAGGCCAGUAAUGUUGGCAUUCGAAGGUUGCUGAACGAUGGAACAUAUCUGGCAUGUUUUCCACUGCAUGAAGGCCGCUUCGAAAGAAAUCACUCUUCCGGAACUGUAUUCGACAGAAGGUUAUUGUACUUGGAAUGGGCUAGGCCCGUUAAGUGGUUCAAAAAACAACCUCUCUGUCUAGUGCGAAAAUAUUUUGGUGAUAAAAUUGCACUAUAUUUCUGCUGGUUAGGGUUUUAUACGAAAAUGUUAUACGCUCCGGCAAUAGUGGGACUAUUUUGUUUCUUGUAUGGCCUAGCAUCCAUGGAUUCUAGCGAUAAUAUUCCAACGAAAGAAAUCUGCGAUGUAAGCGGACCUGGAAACGUAACUCUCUGCCCGCUGUGUGAUAAAGCUUGUAGCUACCAAAAACUGUCUGAAUCGUGCUUAUUCGCCAAACUAACGUACCUGUUCGACAAUCCGUCCACGGUUUUCUUUGCCAUUUUUAUGUCCUUUUGGGCAACGACUUUUCUCGAGUUAUGGAAACGUAAACAAUCAGUACUGGUGUGGGAAUGGGAUUUGCAGAACAUUGAAAAUGAAGAAGAUAUGCGCCCGGAGUACGAAACAUCGGUUAAGACAUUUCGAACGAAUCCCGUCACACGCGAGAAGGAACCUUAUAUGCCAACGUGGGACCGUGCUAUUCGGUUUGCCGCGACAUCCAGUGCGGUGCUUUUUAUGAUAUCAAUCGUUCUUGGCGCUGUCUUGGGUACAAUCAUUUACCGAAUAUCACUUGUAUCUGUGAUCUACAGUGGAGGCGGAGUGUUUUUCCGCAAACAUGCCAAACUUUUUACAACGAUGACUGCUGCCUUAAUCAAUCUUAUCAUUAUAAUGCUUUUAACACGCAUUUACCACAAACUAGCCAUUUAUUUAACCAAUUUAGAAAACCCUAGAACGCAGACGGAAUAUGAGGACUCGUAUACGAUCAAAAUCUUCGUUUUUGAGUUUAUGAACUUCUACAGCUCGCUUAUAUACAUUGCGUUUUUCAAAGGACGCUUCUACGACUACCCGGGCGAUGACGUUGCCCGGAAGAGUGAGUUCUUCCGUCUGAAGGGCGACAUUUGCGAUCCAGCCGGAUGUUUGAGCGAACUUUGCAUCCAGUUAGCGAUAAUUAUGGUGGGGAAGCAGUGCUGGAACAAUUUCAUGGAGUAUUUUUUCCCAGCCUUUUACAACUGGUGGCGUCAACGCAAACACAAGCAGCUUACUAAAGAUGAAACUCAUUUGCACAUGGCAUGGGAACAGGACUACCAUCUGCAGGAUCCGGGCAGAUUGGCUCUCUUCGAUGAAUAUCUUGAAAUGAUUGUUCAAUAUGGAUUCGUUACUCUCUUCGUGGCUGCAUUCCCAUUAGCACCUCUAUUUGCUCUUUUGAACAACAUUGCUGAAAUUCGACUGGAUGCCUACAAGAUGGUCACGCAAUCGAGAAGACCGCUUGCCGAAAGAGUGGAAGACAUCGGCGCAUGGUACGGGAUAUUGAAAAUUAUAACUUACACAGCAGUUGUAUCCAAUGCAUUCGUGAUAGCAUACACCAGUGAUUUCAUUCCUCGCAUGGUUUACAAAUACGUUUACUCCCCUCAGUUUACAUUGCAUGGAUACAUCGAGCACUCAUUAUCAGUUUUCAAUACAUCCGACUACAAAGAAGAAUGGGGAACGAAAACGGAAUCCGAUCCGGACACCUGUCUGUACCGAGGCUAUCGGAAUAGUCCCACCGACAGCGAACAGUACGGCUUGAGUCCCCACUAUUGGCACGUGUUUGCCGCACGGCUGGCAUUUGUGGUCAUCUUCGAGCAUAUCGUUUUCGUUCUGACUGGAAUUAUGCAGUUCAUCAUCCCAGACAUUCCGGUUGAAGUUAAGACGCAAAUUCAGCGCGAACAAAUGCUUGCAAAGGAGGCCAAAUAUCAACACGGGUUGAAGAAAUCACGCGAGACUGAUUACGAAGAAAUUCUGCAUGUGCUACGAGAGCAAAGCAACAAUAGUCGACAAGGUGUACGAGGCAGCUGGGCACGAAGGCUGAGUCGUUUGAGCGAUGGAUUAGAUGCCCACGUAGAAGUUUCCAACCGACCACGACAGUCACUGGAAUCCACCGUGUGGGAAGUGACCUAG